CUUCAUUCCAAUCUGCCAUUGCCGUUCCGGGUUGUUUAGAUCCCCAUUCAAUCCCCCUGUCGCCAUCCCUCGCAGACCACCGCCACAUUCUAGUCGUGAAAUUACCAUCACCAUCAAAGACAACAAUCAUGGUACGUGGUCGCCUCCCAUUGCCUCGCUGUCAGUCGAAUGUAUCAUUAUCCCGUGGUGGCGGAUGAGGAAUUGUCCGGAAAGCUUCACGAUUUAGAGGCCCUGCGUUGGAUCCCUGUUUGUUGAUUGUUGUUGUCAUGUUCGGGAAUAACGUGUGCGGUUGGAUCCAUUGAAUUCCGGCCCCUCGUCUGCCCGUCCAAUCCCUCGUUUCCAUGGUUCACUAGUACUUGCUGCUCGUUCGUCAUCGGCCCUUCAUUCCCGUCCUCGUGCCAUUCUCAUCUUGUCUUUAAUCUCAUCUCUUUGCCCCGAAUUUGUGUGCUUCUGCCCCUUUUCAAGAUGUCUCGCUCACCUGAAUAUCACCACGACCAGGCCUCGACCAACUACAAGGAAGCCUUCUCGCUCUUCGAUAAGCGCGGUACCGGAAAGGUCGCGAUCGAGUCGCUGGGCGAUCUGCUGCGGGCAUGUGGUCAGAAUCCCACUUUGGCGGAGAUCGCGGAUCUGGAGAAGAGUAUCGGUGGAGACUUUGACUUUGAGUCGUUCCUGAAGGUCCUCAACCGCCCGGGAGGCUUCCGUGACCCCGGCGAGCCCGACGAAUACUGCCGCGGUUUUCAGGUGUUCGACAAGGAUCUGACCGGUUUUAUCGGAGUGGGACAGCUUCGUUACAUCUUGACGAAUCUCGGCGAGAAGAUGUCGGAUGAGGAGGUUGACGAGCUUCUCAAGGCAGUUGAUACCAGCUCCGGCGAGAUCAACUACACCGACCUCGUUCGCACCAUCCUGGCCAACUAAACGACACACGAUACCCUCCUGACGUUCCUGAUGAUUUCUGUUACGACGCGAUCCUCCUACCAGCCGUGUUGGAGUUGUUUGCUUGAGCAUAGUUUAGUUAUAGUGCAUUGUAUAUGGGUUACUGCUCGAUUCAGCCUCGGAUAAACAUAAAUGGUACAUGGUACAUGGUAUAAGGAUAUAGUACACGCAAACUUUCUGCCCCAACUCAAGUAUACCCAUAAAUGAAAUAACCUGAUAA